AGCAAACCGCAAACUACUCUUUCAAAACAGCCGAACUCUCUCUCUCUCUCUCUCUCUCUCACUUCCAGUUUUAUCAAUCACAGACACAAACACACACACACACGAAUGGCUGACACCACGAAGGUCAAAUCCCCGGAAACAACGGCGGUUGAGGAUAACCAACAACAACAACGAAUAACAACAUCAUCUCCAACACCACCGCCGCCAUCUCACUGGAUGGGGAUGAGAUACCCUUCGCAGCCGAUAAUGAUGCCUCACCACAUGAUGUACGCGCCGCCUCCUUUCUCUCCUUUUCACCACCAUAACCAUCCUUAUCAUCAUCACAACAAUCACCACCAGUCUCGUGUUAACAAACAUCAAAACGCCUCCAACGCUGAGAAUAAGACCAUUUGGAUCGGUGAUUUGCUUCACUGGAUGGAUGAGAAUUACCUUAAUUCUUGCUUUGCCCCCGCUGGAGAGAUGGCUUCGGUUAAGGUAAUCAGGAACAAGCACACUGGUUUGUCCGAGGGCUAUGGAUUCGUGGAAUUUGAUACCCACGAUGUCGCCGAGAAGGUUUUGCAGGAAUAUAAUGGAGCAACCAUGUUAAAGUCCGACCAGCCUUACCGUCUAAACUGGGCCAGUUUCAGCACCGGUGAAAAACGCCUAGAGAGUCCUGACCACUCUAUAUUCGUGGGUGACUUGGCCCCAGAAGUCACUGAUGAUUUGUUGCAUAAACUAUUCCUUGAUAAAUACCCAUCCGUCAAGACUGCGAAAGUCGUCAUAGAUGGAAGUACUGGUCGUUCAAAGGGGUAUGGGUUUGUGAGGUUUGGAGACGAUGGUGAGAGGAGCAAAGCUAUGUCGGAGAUGAAUGGUGUGAAAUGCUGUAGCAGGGCUAUGAGAAUCGGUGCUGCCACUCCUAGGAAGCCUAAUAAUGGUUACCAUCAACAAGGUGGGUAUAUGCCAAAUGGUGGGGCUGCUCCACGUGAUGUGGACUCAUUGAACACAACAAUAUUUGUUGGAGGACUUGACGCUAAUGUCACUGACGAAGAUCUUAGACAGCCAUUUGCUGGUUUUGGUGAAAUUGUCUCUGUCAAGAUACCAAUUGGGAAAGGAUGUGGAUUCAUUCAGUUUGUCAACAGAGAAAACGCAGAGGAGGCUUUAGAGAAACUAAAUGGUUCUGUAAUUGGAAAACAAACCGUUCGCCUUUCAUGGGGUCGUAACCAAGGCAAUAAACAGCCUCGAGGUGGGUAUGGAGACCAAUGGGUUGAACCGUUCUAUAGAGGACAAUACUACAAUAAUGGUUAUGGUUACAUGUUAGCACCACCUGUUGACCCGAGAAUGUAUGGUGCUGCACCUUAUGGAGCUUAUCCUAUGUACGGUGGGAAUCAGCAGCAGCAACAAGUAAGCUGAGAGAAGAAUAAAAGAAGUUAAAGGUAGGUAUGAGACAACAGUGUCUUUUUCUUAUCUCUCUCUAUGGUCUAGAUCCUGAGCAGCGAAUUUUGAUGGAACUGUAGUGCUACUUAUUUUUAUUUUAGGGAUUUUGAUUGGAUUUAUUUAUUUUAUUUGACUUAUCAGAUCGUUGUUCUGUGGAACUUAAUUGAUUGUUCUUUUGGGGGAUUUGAUAAGUAUGCCUCUUUUAGAUA